CAGGUUUUGCUUAGGAAUUCAUGCAGUAAACAGACACGAUGAAGGAAAAGAGCAAGAACGCCGCCAGAAGCCGAAGGGAGAAAGAGAACGCUGAGUUUCUGGAGUUGGCCAAGUUACUCCCCCUCCCCGCGGCCAUCACGUCACAGCUCGACAAGGCCUCGAUAAUACGACUCACAACUAGUUACCUCAAGAUGCGACACGUCUUCCCUGAUGGGUUGGGUGACGCGUGGGAGCGGCACCCCCCAGACAACCCCCGAGAGACAGCCAUCAAGGAGCUGGGAUCACAUCUCCUGCAGACGCUGGACGGCUUCAUCUUCGUGGUGGCUCCGGACGGCAAGAUUAUGUACAUUUCCGAGACGGCGUCGGUCCACUUGGGGCUCUCUCAGGUCGAACUCACCGGCAACAGCAUCUACGAGUACAUCCACCCUGCCGACCAUGAGGAGAUGACGGCCGUGCUGAACGUCACUCCACAACCCGUCCCCCAUUCUCCCUACGUCAGACAGGAUGAGGAGAUAGAGAGAACCUUCUUUAUAAGAAUGAAGUGCGUCUUGGCGAAAAGGAAUGCCGGUCUUACCACAGGGGGCUAUAAGGUGAUUCACUGCUCGGGUUACCUCAAGAUCAAGCACUACACGCUGGACAUGGCGCCCUACGACAGCUGCUACCAGAACGUGGGGCUCGUGGCCGUCGGACACUCGCUCCCGCCCUCCGCCAUCACAGAAAUCAAAAUGCACUCGAAUAUGUUCAUGUUCAGGGCCUCACUCGACCUCAAGCUGAUCUUCCUCGACGCUCGAGUGGGAGUGCUGACCGGGUAUGAGCCUCAGGACCUGAUCGAGAAGACGCUGUACCAGUAUAUCCACGGCUGUGACAUGCUGCAUAUGCGCUACUCUCACCACAUGUUGCUGAUGAAGGGCCAAGUCACGACCAAGUACUACAGAUUCCUGACCCGCGACGGGGGCUGGGUGUGGGUGCAGAGCUACGCCACCAUCGUCCACAACUCCCGCUCCUCCAGACCGCACUGCAUCGUCGCCGUCAACUACGUUCUGACCGAGGUUGAGGCGCGCGAAGGGAGGUUCUCGUGGGAGCAGGUGGGCGCGGGGCGCGGCGAGGAGGCGGGGGCGUGGGGCGACGCCGGAAUCAAGAGCAUGGCGGGCGGGCGCCUCAAGUGCCGGACCUCGCCGUACCCCUCCCCCGCCCCCACAGAGGCCCUCCACGACGUCCUGGAGGGCCCACCUGGGGCUUCCCUCCACUACCCCUCUGCCCUGCCCCCUCCCGCCCUGGCCGCGCCCCCGACGCCGUACCCCGACCCGCGCAUCACGUGCUACCCGCCGACGUACGAGACGUACGACGACCGCUACGUGCGGAGCGAGGCGCACCAGUACCCGGGCUGCGGCGUGGCCCUGGACGCCGCGCCCCUCAGCGGCCCCGCCUCCACGCCCGCCUGCCACUACAGCGCCGCCAAGGGCAGCGCCGGCUACGAGGAGCGGCCCUGGAGCCACGGCUCGGGCAGCUCGUCGGCCUCCGAGGACACGCGCCACGAGUACCCCAACAACAACAACAACAACACCAGCAGCAGCAGCAGCACCCCGGGCGCCCCCUCCGCGGUGCCCAUGACCAUGUACCCGCUGCACGACUACUACGCCCACACGCACGACAAGUUCUACACCACAGACAAGCUCCAGUACGGCGGCGACAAGACGCAGUACUCGGACAAGCUGCAGUACACCGACAAGGUGCAGUACACGGCAGGCGUGGCGGGGGCGGGGGCGGCGGCGGGUGCGUGAGAGGUGUUUACAGCUACGUCGACGCCGCCCUCACCGCGCCCGCGGAAGCCAGCAUGAGCACGGCCACCAAAAGCCACGUCCUCCCCCAGGCAGGGUACACGUCCGUCAUCGUGGACGCGCAGCAGUACCACGCGCAGAAUGAAUUCGUUCACUAGCCUGCACGUCGGCCGAGGGCGCGGCGCCGGGCCUCGCGCGCCGGCCCCGGGACGCGCCGCCCGCCGGAGUCGGUGCACAUUAACUCACAGUGUUUCGUAGGAGUGUCCUUGCUGGUAUGAACCGCUGGUGUCAUUGCUGGUAUGAACCGCUGGUGUCAUUGCUGGUAUGAACCGCUGGUGUCAUUGCUGGUAUGAACCGCUGGUGUCCUUGCUAGCAUGAACCGCUGAUAUCAUUGCUGGUACGAACCGCUGGGGGAAAACAGCGGCUUCGUGGAAUCGGUUUAGACAUAUCCUUCAGUCCAUUCAUGCUGGGAAGGUAUGACUAGUUCACGGAAAAGAAACUGGCAUCGAUUUCUUCGGAAACUCGUCGCCACUCCGUCACACUGCUCCAGUCGGACCCAGAAUGCGUAUUGGCGAAUUAUACACGGAUCUGAAUGCUGAUUGGCUGUUCCAUUAUCAUUCCGGAUAUUGAUUGGCUGAAUCGUCGAUAUUGCUGAUUGGCUCCGGUGUUAUCGGUCCCUGUCCUUCCACUGAUAAUACCUCACGGAGUCUCACGGUGAAGCUAUUUUCUUAAAAAAAGGAAAAGAAAUUGUUAUUGGCAUCUUCUUCCUGAUUAGAUGGUAGGCACAGGGCGCGGGCGGGCAUUUGUUUUAGCCUAGUAUUUUUACGUGUUUUUUUUUUC